GGAGGAGCGGGAGCGCUGGAUCCGGGCGAAGUACGAGCAGCGUCUGUUCCUGGCGUCGCUGCCCUGCACCGACCUCUCUCUGGGCCAGCAGCUGCUGAGGGCGACGGCCGAGGAGGACCUGCGCGCCGUCGUGCUGCUGCUCGCCCACGGGUCCCGCCAGCAGGUCAACGAGACGUGCGGAGAGGGAGACGGACGCAACGCCAUGCACCUGUCCAGCCGCAAGGGCAACGUGGUCGUCACGCAGCUGCUGAUCUGGUACGGCGUGGACCUGAUGGCGAGGGACGCCCACGGUAACAGUGCGAUGGCGUACGCUCGGCAGGCCAACAGCCAGGAGUGCGUGGACACGCUGGCUCAGUACGGCUGUCCUGACGAGCGCUUCCCGCUCAUGGCCACACCCAACCUGUCCCGCCGCAACACCAACCGCAACAACAGCUGCAGCAGCAGCGGCAGCACCGCCCUCAUAUGACCGCAGCGUUCGGACACGUGACGAAUCACAAACACACAUUUGGGAGAAUCCUCAUCGUUUAUUUUGGGAACCACUACCUGUUGUGACUCUAAAGCCCCGCCCCCCUCACCCGACGGCUCGUCAAGACUGAUUUAAAGGUGACGCCAUGUUUGGGGGAGACCUCAGCGAGAGGAGGGAGAGAAACCCAAAGCAUGCUGGGAAUUGUGGUCCACAGGUGGCUCGUCACUGGCUCAUCAGAGCUCUUUGGGAAAUAAUCACAUGACUUAUGGCGUCCGAUCAGGGCGCGGCCUGAAGCUCUGCGGACAUCAUACCUCAUCACACUACACGGCCAGUUCCCGUCAGUCAAGAAUCCUCGAAGGACUUUUCAACGGCCAAUCAGAAUCCACGCCCUCUUUCCCGCCAAAACAUAUCUUCAGUGAGAUGAAGAAAAUCGGAGGAAUCGUGGGAGAAACACAAACACGCAUCACCCGAGUCUCCGCCUCCUCCUGCCGCUCCGUCUUUUUUAUUUCACGUGAAAAAUAUCUUGAUGUAAAACUUUGAAAGUGAAAACACAAAUAUCCGAAGAGUUCUUAGAGAGAAAAAAGAAAAAGUGAUAGAUCGCAUGUCUUAGACUCGUUUCCUCUUCAGACGUCUCCCUGGUUGAGAUUAUUCUGUCCAUCAAAGCGUCGUCAUGGCGACGGGGACGUUUCUGUUUUUCUGGGUGUAUAAAAUGUACAGACGCUUCGUCAGGCUCAGGGACCAGAGACCGUCCGUCAUCAUCGCCCGCCAUCUUCCCCGGGAGUCUUUAAAGCGUCACUUCGGUUUGAAACGUUUUUACGUCGUUCAGUUCGGAGCCCGACAACAAAUGGUCACAUCUGGAAAAUCUAAAUUCUCAUUUUCCCUCAUUUGUUCGGGUUCAGACUGAACUGGUUUUAUUUUUUACUUCAUUAAAAAUCACAAUUCCUCAAACAGAAAAAACCUUUUUAUCUAAAUCAUCUUAAAAGUUUCAUCCGUCUUUUAUUUCCUGCUGAAGGACUGGAUGAAACCGUUUCAGGUUUCACUUCCUGAAUCGUUUUAAACUCAAACCUGAUUCACGUCCGGGUCAAAGGUUCGAUUCCCUGAAGGUUUAAAAAGUGGAAAAGACGAGGACGCGGCUGUGAAGAGAAAAGUCGCACGGAGCAAAAAGGGAAAUGAUCCGUUUCUUCUUCUUCAGGGGUUUUAUUUUUUGAUCCGACGAUGAAACAUGGACGUCACAAUUUAAUGUUUCUGUGUAUAAAUAUUUAUCUGUUGUAACUGUUGACAUCACAGCGACUUCCCUCUGUGUCGUCCAAUCAGACGCUCUGCCUGAUCUGCUCAGCGAAUCACUAAGAAGGGCUUAUUCUUCUUCUUUUCUCUGGAAACCUGUUUCUUGUAUAUAAUUUCCUCUUCCUGUCUUUUCUUUGUCACUUCCUGUCUUUCGUCAUGUAAAUUAGAGAACACGUGUACUUACCGUGUGCCGGUAAAAACAAACAAACACACAUUGACUGAAUGUUGCGUGUUCUGGUUCAGUGUCGUUCUGAUCCGUCCAGAGCAGGAAACCAGCGGUCCCUUAACUUCAGAAAACACCGCCCCCGAGUGGGCUGUGAGGUAAAUUACACUAUGUUCUUUACGAACGUCACUUAAAAGCUCAGGAAAAUUAUAAAUAAUAAAAACACUACACAAUAAAACGACGUCAAGUCAAGAAUGCAAAUGCGAUAAGUUCAAGUCCGGACGCUCAACGUCUCCGUAUUCAGGUGCCAACACGUUCGAACCCACCGGUUUAAAGAUCUUCAAUGAAUUGUGAAUGUUGAAAGUUGAUUUCAGGUGUUUUCACAUUUAGACAAAAUUGUAAAAAAGAAAAAAAAACCAUCGAUGUAAGUGACAGUUUGUUUUUUUUCGUAGCUGGAUGUAAAACGUGUCGACUGAACCGAUCAGGAAAGAAGCUCCUUAACGUCAUGUGAUCUUUAGAUCUUUAAACUCAACCCGACUUUGUAUCCAAGCAAUAUUCUACGUUCUCGUCCGUCAUCGUAACUUCAACACCGACCUCGCUGCAAUAUUUACAUCCAACACAAAAUCCGUCAUCAACGUCAACGCCCACAUUUUCCUCUUUAUGCCUUUUUUUUUUUUUUUUACGCUUCGGCCUCGACGUCCCAACUUCGUCCAACUUCCUGUAUGUGCCACGCCCCCAUUUCCCACAAGUCAUCUCAAAGAUGGCGUUGUAUUUACUAAGGGGCCGAACUGUUUUUUUUUAUUGUGUUCUGGUGUCCCUCGUCUGUCCUACAGAAGGACAGAAGACAAAGACGUCUGUUUAUUUAUGACAGAAAUGCACUAAAUCUGAUUCAGUCCGUCUUCAACCAACUCUGUCCACUACACUUUUUUAUUUUGAGGCUCUGGACUUUAAGAAAGAAAAACUCUUUGUUUUUAACCGUCAAUGACGCUAACUACAGCUAGCAGCUAACAAACUAGCAUGGCAGCACAAAUCAUCAAAGCUUUACGUUUCAGCCGUUUUCAAGAAAAUGUUUAGAGAAUCAAAACAUCCGUUCGAGCUCUAACUGUUAGCAUCUGUUAGCUCAGCUAGCACAACUACACGACAGUUUUGAUUCGAUGUUUGGUUCUCUUCACGUUAUCCGAGAGUCUUGGUUUAAUCUCGUCGCGGCACCGAAACCUUGGUCAUCUUGGUUUUUAAUGGUGUUCAGGUACAGAAACUACUGCGUCAUCUGAAGCUAACUGCUGUUAGCACUUUAGCAUUAACGUAGAUUCAACUUGCUAGCAAACAUUAUUAUUUCUUAAACUUGACACAAACAUGACAAUUUGAAAAAGUUUCAGACUUGAAACCUCGUCAGCUAGCACCCGUUAGCUUAGUUUACUAACAGAAGCUGCGUGUUGAUGCACUCGCAGCUUUUUCUUCACUACACGAAAUGUUUCCUUGUUUAUUUGCUUUCACACGUUGAUUCGGUAGAAACUGCAGUUUUCUCUGAACUGAUUUAUGUUUUUCCGACGUACGAAACCUCUUCAAUCCAAACUUUACUCUAACUUUACUUUCACUUUACUUUCCCCAAAUCAUGUGACCGAACUCUUUGUUUUCCUCAAACUAAAACCAAACGUGAAAAGUUGAGAAAUGUUUUGAGACUAAAAACAUCCUGUGAAGCUCCAGGUGCAGCUAGCGUGUGUUAGCUAAACUAAGCUAAUGGUCAUUAGCGUGUUGCAGUAUAUUUUCUAGCUGUUAGCUCACAUAAGAUUGAAGCUUUAGAUUAGAACGACUGAAGCUGCGUGUAAAUAAAUCUGUUUCGGAAGACGCUGCGUAAACGAGGAAACAGCGUUGACGCUAAUAUCGCUGCUCGUGUGCGCCCGCGUAUCACCUGUACAUAGACUUCAAACUACAAAACCAAGAAAAAAAAUCGACUCCGUGUGGUCAACAUCUGGUUUGUCUGGUUGUGUUACCUCAUGUAGACUUUACCUUGAAGCCCCACCCACCCGGGCUGCCCACCACAUUAUUUAUGAACGCACCUAGCGAGGAAGACUCCGCCCACUCUAACCUAUGUUUUUGUACCUUUCUCUCUGACCCUUCGAGUCCAUCCAUGUUUUCUUAGAAUCCUUUAUCAUCCAGACACAUUCUUGUUAUUCUAAUUAUUAUUAUUGUUAUUAUUGACUUUGGUUGGCUGUACAGUACCGUUGUUGAAAAAUUUUACCUAAUACAGAGUCUUCUACUGUCAUGUGUCUCUUUUCAAUAAAGACGAGAAUAAUGCUUCGUAAGAUUUCC